CGGUGGGUUGUCGGCGUCGGCAUCCCCGGUCCCCGGCUGGCCGGCUCCAAACUGCUCUCGCCGCCUCCCAUCUGCUCUGCUCUGCCCUGCCCGUUCGUUCAUGGGAGAAGGACCAACCGCCAUGUGAUUGUGGGAGUUUAAGCGGCUGCGGAGGCGGAUUCGGAACCCCCUCCUUGGUCGGUGUCGUCGGCUGGCUUGCCCACCGCCCGGUGGUUGCUGCUUUAACAAUGUACAAGCCCCUUCUACCAUUCAUUCCACUGAAUACAAAUGCUCGGGACAACAAAUGAGCGGAUGCAUACGAGCUGUUUGACGAAAUGCUCACCUGCGCUUCCUAAUCUCACUAGCUAGCUGCUCCUCUGUUUCUUGGUUUAAACAAAAUUCGCUGUGCUAAUCAAAAUCUUGCAGCUUCGUACGAAGAUAUGAUCGCACAUCACAAUUUCCAAUCCUUGACCGGCCUCGCCGGCUUGCUUGCCCUUGCCCGCCGCCCGGUGGUUGCUGACUGUAAGCCCCUUCUAGCAUAUUACUUCCAUCGUUUUCUUAUGACUAACUUUGAUUGCCUCCCUGAUUGCUUUGGUGACUCGUGAGAGAGACACAGGGAGAGCAGGAACGGAAAUGGUUGGAUACCAGCAUUCCGUUGAAUAUUUGCUUGAGACAAAAACUCAGUGGAUGCAUGCGAUGCGAGCUGUUCGACAAAAUGCUCAGGAGACAAGCCAAGUUGGCACUUGCUAUAUAAUGAUUCUACACCUAAACUGAAGCCUUGCCAGUGCAAGUAGAUGAGGACAACCAUACUAUAUUAUGGAUCAAUAAAAUAAACGGACUGAACGACUUCAAGUGCAGCAAUGAUUGUCCUUUCCUGGCUAAUUUCAUAUUAAAUGAAUCCGAUGCAAAUAUUGUAAGAAAUUGAUUAGGUGACCGAUUCUGCAUUUGACGUUCUGAUGAGCGACCAUCCAACAAGAGCUGUUUGAUCUCACCUGAGCAAGAGACCCCCUCUACCACUUCCCAGCUGGAGCAGGGCUGCCGCCACCGCUUGUCUACACCGAGGCCGGAUCUUCUUUCUUACCCUGAAUUUCAUAUGCUACAUCGUCCUGGGCUCCUGACUUGCAAGAAUCCUUUGGCUGUUCAUCCCAGCAAGAGACCACCACUGCGCUGCCGCCUUUUCCUCUGCUCCUUCUCACAUCUUGUUGUUACAAUCGAAAGGUAUGACCUUCUUUCAUUAAAAAUGCAGUACUAUAUCUGGGUUCCACGCUUUCUAUGCCUUUGCUUAUGAAUUGUUUGCUGAAAUGUCCAAGUAAACAUGUGUGAAUUUUUUGCAACAUAUUUGCUCCUGGUUGAAGUCUCUGGCGUAUGGUUCAGAGAAAGAGCUUCAAACUUGCAGAUAUGGAACCUCAAUAAAAUCAAGAAAAGGAUAGAUACUGAAAAGGUCUUCACCUUGCAAGUGGGACGGCGGGAUGGAAAAUGAAACAAAGAUGUUUUUGAUUGUGGCUAUGACAGGGACGGAUCGGUCCUAAGACAAGCUUGACAAGAGACUGACCGGCUGGUCUUCCCACCUUCCAAAUAAAUGAAGCAGCCAUGAGGUGGGAGCAAGCAUCCAAGAAGCUAGUGUGUGCAGCCAAGCAAGAUCUCAGCUAGGCAGGAGAUUCUCCUUCUGGAGCAGGGUCAAAGCUGCUCCUCUAUACUGAGAUGUCUACACAAGACCACAACUGAUCGUGGCUUCAACCACAAAAUCCCAGGAAGUGCCGCCGUCAUGUGCUGUGCUCCUUUGUUCAUCUGUCAAUAGAGGAGAAAGAGAAGAGCAUUGUUUGGACAAUAAUCCUGUGAUGAACGGAGGAGGGUAGAACUUACACAGCACAAGGCCCGCAAAACAUCAAAGCAGGCACACUUGCAUCAAAGUCAGAAACCACUGGUUUGGGCACCAUGGGCACAGUUUUGGAUGCUCUCACUUCGAAAUUUGUGACAAGGCUGGGUCGGCUUAUUGAAGAUGAGAUUGUCAUGACACUAAGCGUGAAAAAGGACAUCAAAAGGCUGAAGAAAAAUCUGGAACACUUCAGCGCAGUUCGUGAGGAUGCGGAAGCUCUGGCCAUGGAAGAUAGACGCAUAGAGGCAUGGUGGAAGAACAUGAGUGAUGUUAUGUUUGAUGUUGAUGUCAUCAUAGAUCUUGUUAUGGUUCAUUCACAGAAAUUUUUGCUGCCAGCUAGAUCGCUCUGUUUCAAUCAGCCUAUGGUCUCUUGUUUUGAAAAGAUUUUAUUUGAUAACAAGGUGGCUAGAAGAAUUAAGGACAUAAAUGAAAAGCUUGAUGAGAUUAAAAUGAACACAGAGAUGUUCAGCUUGGAUAGAUCCCUUCGUCAACAGUUCCAGGUAACAAGUGUGGACAGAAAUCAGACAUCUCCUAUAGAUGAACUAGAGGUUGUUGGAAGAGAGAUCAAGCAAUCGGUUGAUGACAUGGUACAAAUAAUUGUCAGUGGCUGCCAUGAGAAUAAUACAAGUGUUCUGGGGAUUCAAGGAAUGGGAGGCAUUGGUAAGACAACGUUAGCUCAGAAGAUGUAUAAUCAUCAGAUGAUAAGAGAGAAAUUUCAAGUUCAUAUAUGGCUGUGCAUUUCGCAGAGCUACACAGAGACCGGGUUGAUAAAGCAGGCAAUACGGAUGGCUGGAGAAAAGUGUGAUCAGCUAGAGACCAAAACCGAGCUUCUACCACUUUUAGUGGACACUAUCAAAGGAAAGAGUGUUUUUCUUGUGCUGGAUGAUGUGUGGAAGUCUGAUGUCUGGAUUGAUCUUCUUCUAUCACCUUUCAUGAGAGCUUCGAACUUCCAGAUCCUUGUCACCACAAGAGACCUGGAUGUUUUGUCAGAAAUGCAUGCAACAUAUAUCCACCGAGUAAACAAAAUGAAUUACAGUGAUGGCUUAGAAUUGCUUAUGAAGAAGUCCUUUCAAUCAUCCGAGCAAAUAUGUGAAUUCAAGAAUAUUGGCCAUGACAUUGUAAAGAAAUGUGAUGGUCUUCCUCUUGCCAUCAAGGUUGUUGCUGGUGUCCUAUCCACCAGAAGAACAGUUGCCGAAUGGAAGAGCAUCCGAGAUAGUAAAUGGUCCAUUCAUGGACUCCCCAAAGAACUUGGAGGUCCCCUGUAUUUAAGUUACAGCAACUUACCCCCUCAACUCAAGCAGUGCUUUCUCUGGUGUGCUUUGUUGCCUCCUAAUUUUGCAAUAGGUCGUGAUGAUGUUGCUUACUGGUGGGUUGCCGAAGGUUUUGUGAGGAAAGAGCAUGACCACUCAAUACAUGAAACUGCUGAAGAGUAUUACCUUGAGCUAAUCAGGAGGAAUCUUCUGCAACCGAUACCUCUGUUUGUAGAUAAAGGUGAGUCAACAAUGCAUGAUUUAUUGAGGUCACUUGGGCAAUAUCUGACAAAGGAUCACUCCCUAUUCAUGAAUGUGGAAAGUAACAAUUCCAUGCCGAAUCUGCGCCGCUUAGGUAUCAGCCAUGCUAUAGAAGAAAUCCCCCCUCUAGAAGAACACAAGUGCUUGAGGAGCCUCCUACUUUUUAAUAACAAGAACUUCAAGUCAAUUCGCAAAGAUAUUUUCAGAAAGCUUGAGCAUAUCCGCGUCUUGGUUCUCAGUGGGACAAGCAUCAAGGACAUACCAGACUCAGUGGGAAACUUGGUGUUGUUGAGGUUGCUAGAUCUGAGCUAUACCGAGAUUAACAAACUUCCGGAGUCCAUGGGAAGGCUCAUCAGCCUUGAAUACCUCUCUUUGCUUGGUUGCAAUCAAUUAGAUAGCCUGCCAGCUGGUCUCAUGAGACUGUCCAAUAUAAGUUUUUUGCAGCUAGAGCAGACUGCAGUUGAUCAUGUUCCAAAAGGAAUUGCAAAGUUUCAGCAGCUCUAUAACCUAAAAGGAGUUUUCGAGAGUGGGACUGGAUUCAGAUUAGACGAAUUGCGAUGCCUCCCCAAUAUCCAACGUCUGUGGGUUGAGAAGCUAGAGAAAGCGGCACCAGUGGGUGAACUUGUACUGAAGAACAGUCAUAAUCUUAGGGAACUGAGACUGCGUUGCACAAUGGCCAGUACCAAAGAGAGAACUCGUUACCAGACUGGUGUGGUUGAGAGAAUUCAGCAAGUCUAUGACAUGCUUAUUCCAUCACCAAGCCUAGUAUAUAUUUAUCUUGAUGGAUUCCCGGGCGUAAGGUUCCCAGAAUGGCUAUGCUCAGAACCAGAGCUUAAUAUGCCAAGUUUGUGUCAUAUGCACCUCAAUGACUGCAUAUCAUGUUCAGAGCUUCCACCAGCAGGUCAGAUGCCAGAAUUGCUAGUUCUUCAGAUUAAAGGAGCAGAUAAAGUUGUAACUAUUGGCACAGAACUCCUGGGGAAAGGUGUGAGAAGUGCAGCGGCUUUCUUCCCAAAACUUGAACUGCUUCACAUCAUUGGCAUGUGUAAUUUGGAAAAAUGGUCACUGUACAUAAGAAAUAUGUGCGAUGACAUGGAGGACAACUCUCAGCAGUUCUCUCUGAUGCCUUGCCUUAAGCGUGUGCUGCUUCUUGAUUGCCCCAAACUGAGAGCUCUGCCUCGAGACAUGUACAUGAUUUUCAAUUUGAAGAGAAUCCACAUUGAAGGUGCUCACGAGCUUCAUGAAGUUGUCAAUCUUCCUGCUGUUGUGUGGCUCAAGGUGAAGAACAACGCGUGUUUAAGGAGGAUUUCUAACCUUUGUAAGCUGCAGGACCUGUUUGCACAGGACUGCCCAAUGCUGGAUCAGGCAGAGAACCUGUACGCACUGAAUAGGGUGUACAUGAUUGACUGCCAACACGCCCAAGAGUUCAGGAAUUGUCUCGCAGAAGAAGAACAAGGCAUCCUAGUCCAUGUUGCAGCAGAUGGGCGUAAUAUCUUCCCGGAUGAAACUCUCUAUAACUAGACAGGCUUACAGUACAAGAGCGGGGCGUAAUGAAGACGUGAUGGUUAGCUGAAAAUACUCGAAGAUUUUGUUGAAGCGCAAUGGAGCUCUUUGAUCGGAGCAGGGCAAUGGGAGGUAUCUGUUCGUCAAAUGCUGGAGUGUAAUGUUGUUGCUUUUUCUACCUUUUCUCCUUUUGGUGUGGUUGACAGCAAAAACGGCAUGACAAACUUGAAGCAGAUUAUAGCCAACUGUCAUUGCUGCAUUGUUAUUACUAUAGCAAGUUGUGCUCUGAAGGACAAUUUCAUUGUUUUUUUAAAUUCUUUUGGUUCAUUGGUUUCUGGAUUGAUCGAGUAAUAAUAAUGGUGUAACUAUGGUUGGUUCUCGUGUGUUUUUUGUACUGUUACUUUGAGGAACGUGAGUAUAAAAUGUCAUGGAAAGUUGGAUA